AUGUGCAAUUUUUUGGUGAGUAUUGAACUCACAGAUUACGGUCGAGAUCAUAUUUUUCGAGUUUGUAGUAUACUAUUUGAUUAUAUCAAAAUUCUAUUACAUUCUGCUACCUCAUCAUUAUCAUCAUCAUCAUCGUCGGGCAGUAAUGCUAAUUCGUCUGACGUCAACAACUUACCAGAGAUGCAUACAUUUGCCACCUAUCUACCAGAAUAUCAGUUAACUAGAGAAGCAAGCUUUUUAUAUAAGGAGCCUAGUGAUGCUGAAGAUACUGUUGUUACACUGGCGAAUAAAUUACACCUUGUUAAGCCAGAACAUGUUUACUCUGGUUAUCAAUUGCUUAAAAAGCCAAAUAUGCAAUUGUAUAUUGACCUACUUAAACUGAUGACACCUGAGAGAGCUGCAAUCUUCUUUUUAUCGUCUUCAUUUGCAGCAUCAGUUAGUGAUGAGUCAAAACUAGAUCAUGAACCAUGGUUCAAUGUAGCCUAUCGAAAAGAGACUAUUCCUGACAAUAUCAUGAAUGAUUGGAAGACUUCAAAGCCUAGUGGAAAAUUACAUCUUCCAUACAAAAAUAAUUUUAUCACUACGGAUUUCAGUCUGUUGGAUCCGGCAAAUGAUAUGAAACAGCCGAAAGAUCUAAACUUAGAACCUGGCGGAGAAUCUCGUUUACAAUAUGGUCAUUUAUGGUUUCAACAAAGUACACGUUUCAAAUGUCCUAAAGCCAAUGUAGCAGUUCAUCUAUGGUCUGGUCUUGUAACAAAGACAAAAGAAAACGUAGCACUGCAUGGACUAAUGGUCUUCGGUUUUAAUCACUCUCUAAGCACAAUAACUUAUGAAGCUAGUGAAGCAGGAUUAGAACAAGAUGUUAGAUUCGGUGACACUGGUUUAUGUAUUCAUGUCAGUGGUUUUAACGAAAAACUCUUCUCUUUCUAUUCAACUGUUUUGGAUCAUAUUAUGGAUCAAACAAAUGAUUUAUCUAAGGAAUAUUUUGAAUCAUAUCGUGAUGCUACUCUUAAGUUAUACUAUAAUCAAGCACUUAAACCAGAUGCACUUAACACACAUCUUCAAUUUUAUCUUCUUCGUCGUGAAGUUUUCCUGCUAACAGAUUUAUUAAAUACGUUGAAAGAUCUGUCUGUAGCUGAUUUAGCAGCCUACAAACAGCAAUUCUUCUCAAAUCUUCAUAUAACUGUAUAUGCAUAUGGUAAUAUUAGAAAAGAGGAUGCUAUAAAUUUCUUUGAUUACACUGUCAAGAAAAUUAAUCCUGUGCCUAUUCCAAAACGAAAAUUGGCGGAUCCUUCUAUUCUCGAUCCAGGAACUUAUCACUUACGUUUAAUGAAUUGUAAUCCAAGCGAUGUAAAUAUGUGUUUAGCUCGAGUUCAUCUACUCGGAGAAUCUGAUAUUAAAAGUCAAUGUUAUAAUAAAUUAUUAGCAUUUAUCCUAUCUGAACCAGCCUUCGACUAUCUACGUACAAAAGAAUCCCUAGGAUACACUAUAUACCUUCAAUAUUGGCUAUCUAUGCCUGGGAGUACAAGUCAUUCAGGCAUAAGUUUAAUUGCAUGUAGUCCUGCGAGUAAAUUUUCAGUGAAUUUUGUUGCUGGCCGAUUAACUGCUUUCUGGCGUCGUAUUGCUCCAAGGAUUAUUGCUGCUAUGCCACCGGAAAAUUUUAAAACUUCUGUGGAAUCACUGAUAUCCAUCUAUCAACUAGAAGAUCCUAAUAUGGUCACAGAAUUCGAUAGGAAUUGGGAUGAAAUUAUGCAGACUACAGCGAAUUUUAAUUACAGAGAAGAAUGUGUUAAAAUUCUGUCAACAAUUACUCAAGAAAGUUUAUUAAGUUUCUUUUUAACGGAGUAUUUGGAUACGAAAAAGCAGCGUUCAUUAUUUAUUCAGAUUGAUUCAACCGCCACACCAGAUAUGAAUGCUAAUACUAACGUAUCAUCAAAUUCGUAUCUCUUAAAUUUUGAUGUUAUACAAACUGAUGAUAAGUCAAUUAAAGAAGAGUAUACGAGUUAUUCAAGUGUUGAUGUAACCAGUGCAUUAACCACUUGUGGUUAUGAUGACAAAUUAGUCAAUCAAUUCUUCGAUAAUCAUAAAAGCAACCAUGAUAAUAAUAAUAAUAAUCCCUUGGAUAAAAGUCUGCUCGACAAGGAUGAACCUAUCGUUUAUAUUAAUAACUUGUUUAAAUUUCGGUCAAAUUUACAAUUUAAAACUGGUCGAAUUGCAUAA